CAUCAGCCCCUGUGCACUCGAACUCCCACGUGUGCGCACGAGAAAGGAACACGUGGAUGUCGCAUAGCAACAGAUGCGCCUAGAUUUCUCAACAGCAGGUGAGCGGUAGCUAGCGGUAGCUAGCGUUAGCUAACCGAGCUAAGUUAGGAGGUCAAAACCAUGGCUGAGGACAGCGGUCUUGAGAAACCAGACACUGGUGCAUUAAGCCCCGAACAGCAGGAAAAACUGCGUCAGUUCAAGAUCAAAACCAGAAUAGCGAACGAAAUGUAUAUGAGGGCUCAUCCAGAAGUGGAAAUUCUGCUGAGUGAUUUUCUGAGAGAUGUGUUUCUUAAUAAACCUACCAAUAUCAGUGAAUUUGCUGCAGAUCACUUCAAUGACCCAGACCUACCAAGGAAAAUCCAGGCCAAAGUGAAAGACAGUGGUUCAAUGAAAAUUUGAAUUUUUUCACCAUAUAAAUAUUUCAACUGAACAAUGACAAAGGCAAUGUUCUCUUAACCUUUGCCAAUCCUUCCUAACCAGUGCGAAUGCACCCUCUAAUUAGUACCAUUAGGUAUUUGGGUUUGUUAAAAGUACUGUCACCAGGGAAGAGGAGAUAGUUUGUUUGUUAGAUGGGACUAUGGGGAUCAAAGAUGAACUGCACUGAACUGAACAUAAUGCAACUGUACCAAGAAUGCAUUGUUAUUAUAGUUACAUCUUGUUGCUUAAGAGAUUCUGAACACGUCAUUCUCUCUAGGAAAAUAUUAGCCUGCCUUUCUGACCAGUUCACUUGCAAUGUUCUCAUUGGUCUUGAGACAUUCUUGGCAAAACUCUUGGGAGUUUGCAAACAAGCAGAGGACACAAUGAAUAUAAUGAACUGGGAAUGUGGAUUAGCCUGCAUUUCCGAUUACACAAGGGUGCUUUUUUUUUACCUUUUCAACAUAAAUGUAAACAGAAAAGAUGUGUAUGUUGAUUGCUUUUACUUAGUGUUGACAAGCAUUUUUUUUCUUUUUUUUUUCCUUUUUCCUUCCUUCACUGAUGCAGAAUUUCUCUCUCUUGUUUUAUAGUUGGUCCUGUCCACAAAUUUGACUUGUUAUAAAUGUAUAAAACUAUAAGCUUUAUAUUUUGAAAA